CUCGCUUGUUCCGGUGCCGCCUCUCGCUGGUUCCGGUGGCGGGCGCGGAGCGGGAGCGGCCCCGGGAGCGGCACCGGGAACGGUCCCGGGAGCGGCCCGGCCCCGCCAUGUGGUUCAUGUACGUGCUCAGCUGGCUGUCCCUGCUCGUGCAGGUGGCCUUUGUCACCUUGGCCAUCGCGGCCGGGCUCUACUACCUGGCGGAGCUGAUCGAGGAGUACACGGUGGCCACCAGGAGGAUCAUCAAAUCCAUGAUCUGGUUCUCCUCGGGGGUGCAGCUGGGACUGUUCCUGUUUGAGCACUUCCCGGCCCUCCUGGUGGCCACGGGGCUCUUCAGCAACCUCGUCUACCUGGGGCUGCUCCAGAGCUUCCCCUGCAUCGUCCUCACCUCCUCCAACUUCCUCCUCUCCUGUGUUUUGGUCGUGGUCAAUCACUACCUGGCAUUCCAAUAUUUUGCUGAGGAAUUUUACCUCUUCUCCGAGGUCCUGGCCUAUUUCACCUUCUGCCUGUGGUUGAUUCCCUUCGCCUUCUUCGUGUCGCUGUCGGCCGGGGAGAACGUCCUGCCCUCCACGGUGCAGCCCGGAGACGACGUCGUCUCCAAUUAUUUCACCAAGGGGAAAAGAGGGAAACGCUCCGGGAUUCUCCUGAUUUUCUCCUUCAUCAAGGAAGCCAUCCUGCCCAGCAGGCAGAAAAUUUACUGAAAUUUUGGGAAUAUUUGGGAAUAUCCAGAAGAUUCCCCAGCCAGAAUAUCCCAAAUUUUGCCCCUUUCUGGGAAUUCUUUGGGAAUUCAGAGACUUGGACACUCCUGGAGGUGCCGACCACGCUUGGGGUUUUUCCUGCUGAUUCCUUGGGAAUGUUUUCAUGGAAAAUCUUGGGAAUUUUGGGGGAAUUUUCCAGUUCCCUGAGGAUUUUUUUUUUUUUUUUUUGGAGCUGCUCCUGGAUUUUCCUGAGGGUUCCGCAGAGCCGUGAAUGAAAAAAAAAAAAAAUGGGAAAAAUAUCGGGAUAAAUCCAGAAGAUUCCACGCUGUCCCUUCAUCCCGUUUUUCCAGAAGGAAUGAUCCCAAAAAAAAAGAAAUCAGGAUUUGGGUGGUUUAAAUCCUGGAAAUUCCUGUUUUUCCCUCCGGCAAAGCCUUGGGAAGGAGUUGAUGGGAAGGGAUUUUCCCUGGGAAUCUCAGUUUUCCAAGGAAUCCCCAGAAUUCCGGGUUUUUCUGACCCUGCAGACGAGGGGGAAUGUUGAGAAUUCCCAGAUUUUUCCUUCCUUUUCCAAGUGGUGAAAAUCCUCCGAGGGAGCUGCAAAUUUCUUCUUUCCCAUGAGAAAAUUCCCUUUUUUUUUCUGGAUUUUUCCAUUCCCACCCCAGCCAGGCUUGGGAAUUCCCGAUCCAGAAGAUUUUUUUGAGGAAUUCCCCAAAACAAAUUCCUUUGGAAAAGCUGGAAUUUUGCUCUGAGACCUCUUGGAUUGGGAUUUUUUUGUUGGUUUUUUUUGGGUUUUUUUUCCCCUCUGGAUUGGCUGGAAAAUUCCAGGAUGGGAAUGAGAAAAAUCAGGAAUUCCUGAUUCCUUUGAAUCCUGAUUUUCCUGGGAAUUUUUCCAGCUGUUUUUCCAUAUUUUUCCAGCCUGGAUUUCCAGGAGCUGAAUCAGAUUUUAGGGAAAUUGUGGAAUUCCAUCAAUAUUUAACCAGGAAAAGGAAAUUUGGGGUGAAACUCCCGGAAAUUUGGGAAAAACAUUCCCAGAAACACUGAGAAUGAGGAAAAUUGAUGAAUAAAGUGGAAAAAUCCUGGAUUUUCCUUGGGGUUUGGAGGGUUUUUAUUGGGAUUGGGAUUUUUCCGGGUCCCUGGAAGUGUCCAAGGCCAGGUUGUGGAAUUUGGACGGAAUUUUGCCACGGGAAUUUCAGGAUUUUGGGGGAGAUCCAUGGAUUCAGAUCCCAGUCUGGGAUAAAGCUCCAUGAAACUUCCAGGAUUUGGAGAAGUCUGGGAAAAAUCUCCAGGAUUUGGGAAAAAUUCGUGAAGAAAACUCCAGGAUUUGAGAGAAAUCCAGGAAGAAACUCCAGGAAAGUUCCAGAAUUUGGGAAAAAUCUGGGUAAAAACUCCAGGAUUUGGAAAAAAUUCAGGAAGAAGCUUCAGGAAUGUUCCAGGAAUUGGAGAAAUUCAGGAAAAAAACUCCAGGAUUUGGAGAAGUCUGGGAAAAAUCUCCAGGAAUUGGGAAAAAUCUGGGAAAAUUUCUUGCUUCUUUUCCAUCAGGAAUUUCCCUUUUUUGGGUGUUUUUUUGGGCCUCUCCUUCCCUGUUUUUCUCCUGGAAAAUCCACAGGGAAAAGGAGCAGGAAUUCAAGGAAAUUUGGGAGAAAAAUCCCUCCCAGCCUUAAAUCUUUGAGUUCCAGCUGGAAAAGGAGGGAAAAAAACAAAUCCAAGGGAAUUCCCUGGGAAAGGAGCUUUGGAAUGCCAGGAAUAAUUCCAGGUGGAAUUCUCAAAUCCAAGGGAAAUAAAAGGAUUUUAUUUGGAUGUUGUAGGAAA